AAGAGAAGAGAAGGUCCCGUUAAUGUUGGCAACCGAGCGUCUAUAAAGCAGGCGUGCAGCAUCCAGGCCACGCACUUCUGGACCAGCAGCAGCAGCUAGGCGCCAUGGUCAAACUGGUGCUCGCCCUCGCCGCUCUCGCAUUCACUAUCCUCGCAGUCUAUGCGGAGGAUGAGGUGCAUGACAUUUCCACGUUCAAGUUGGGCGAAGGACCCGUCGAGGAGGCCCUGGCCGAGGGCGAAACUGAAAACCCUGAUGUGGUGACAGAGGCGCCGCCGGCAGCCAGUGGAAUUUUAUCGGCCAUUGCUAGCAUCCCUGGCAUCUCUAUUCCGCAGUGCGUGAGGAAGAAGGCCAAUCUGACCUGCCCUGACAGCGAUAUCAACUACUACCUCUACAGCGGAGAGACAAAGAAGAUGAAGUUUGACACGACCUCUGACGAGUGGUUUGAGCAGAGCGGCUUCGACGUGAACAAACCGACCGUAUUCCUAUUCCACGGCUACCAGGGUGGCGAGAACGUGAUGCCGACGGUCAUCCUCAGGGACGCGUACAUCAAGAACGGCUCGUACAACCUGAUCACGGCCGACUACCCGACGCUGGUGAAGGAGCGGUGCGACCGCGCGGCCCAGCAGAACGCCGAGCCGAUUGCCAAGUGCACCGCCGACGUGUUCACCUAUCUGAAGAAGAACGGCGUCACUGCCGAACAGACCACAUGCAUCGGCUUCAGCCUCGGCGCCCACAUCUGUGGCAUCACCGCUAACUUCCUUCCUGAGAAGAUGGCCAAGAUCUUUGCUCUGGAUCCGGCCGGUGCCCGUUUCAAUAGACGCAACAAGGACAAGCGGCUGGAUGAAGAUGACGCCCAGACCGUGCACGCCAUCCACACCGACACCAGACGCUACGGCGAGGGCGAGGUCGUCGGAAAGGCCGAUGUCUGCGUCAACAACGGAAGGCAGCCCGCCUGCAAGGACGCUCCUAAUCGACAGCUGUGCAGCCACGCGUCGUCCGUGUGCUACUUCUCGGAGUCGCUGUUCCAGAGGGUGGAGCGCAAGGCGGAGGCAUGCGUGAACCGCUGCCCACAGCCGCCGAGGGGCACCAAGCGCGAGGCCGAGCCCGUCUUCGUCGGCGCCACCAUGCGUGACGACGCCCAGGGCAUGUACUGUCUGGUCACGGAGGACGCGCCGUACUGCGCGCAAUCAAAGGAUGCCGAAUUUGGUGACGUCAGAUGCUGCACAUUCACCAAAAAGAAUUAGACAUAUACACCAGCGCUUCUAUUUAUUCACCGCCCACCUCAACUCUGUUUUAGAUUGUAGAGUAUGGAUGUAGAUUUGCUAUAAAUAAAUAUGCUAGAUAACUUUUUAGAAUAA